GAUUGAUAUUGAUUUUGAUUAUAUAUAUCCUACAAAAGAAAACUCACUGUUUGUGAAGUGGGAUAAAUUUAUUAUUAAUAUUAUUCCGUUAAUGAUCACUAAAAUAAAAGAUGGAAACAGCAAAUUAUUACUCAAGCGUUUAAUAGAAAUUAAAGAAACAGAUAUUGAAACCAGAAAUCACUUAGUUUUGGAUUUAAUGAAUGCUCUAUUGGUUCCAACUUCCAGAUCAUUUGAAAUAAAUCCUCUUACCAACAUAGGACACAUAGUCAAAACAUCUAUUUCCGAUGCCAAAACGUCUUUUUUAUUACAAGUGGUUUCACUGAAUGAUUUGCAUGUUCAAUGCCAAUUACAAAUUGACAACGCUUACAAAAACAAAGAAAAAGUACAACCAUUCAUAUGCAUUGUUGGAGCUGACUUAGAUGGUACAAAAGAUUUUUAUGUUUAUUAUUUCAAUACUUAUUAUAAAUUACCUAACAUAGUUCGUGCAUUAGACACAUGUUUUAAAAUUUUCCAAGUGUUCAAUUUACAGUAUCCCAUUCAAUCUGUUUUAGUUUGGACAUUUAUACAAAAAUUUGUCUAUGAUAUUCAUAAUGAGUGUGAUGUUAAAAGUUCUUCCUUAACAUCAUUAAUUUCUGAUUUAUCUACUAUUUAAAUUCUCAUAAUUAAAUUUAGUAUUUAUAAUAUUGUUAAUUC